UUGCGCUUGCAAAUCUCUUAUUUUGGCUUCGGAAAGUGGAAGGUGAUGGAUAUCACUUUCCGAGGGAUUAGCACACAACUCUCUUAUCCCCGACGGCAUUGUAUUGCUUUUGCUCUGGCGUUAUGCCCGGGCAAACAACCCGGACACAAGGCCAAUCAAUUGUCAGGUAAACUAACAAUCACAUCCACGAAUGAGCAGAACUCAAAUAAAUAUCGACUUCUGGCCAGCUCCAAGAAAAGCAAUGGAGGACAAGUGAUUGGCUCUGGGCAAGAACUGCAUAUUUACAUCACAAGCAUCCAACCAUUCUUGCGUCUUUACGUAAUCGCCAUCUUCUUUUUGCUGGAACAAGGUGAUCGAGUGAAAAUGAACACCAUAUUCGACAUAUGUCCGCAACUCCACGCACUCAUACUGAGAUUAUGCCUGAUUUGAUCGAUCUAGUCGAUUUACAAGGAGGUGUAGAGGUAUUGCAGCGCUUGUAAAUCGCUAUUGAAGAGAGUCGGAAUACGGUGUAAUCUAGUGUUCUUUAUAAAGGGCACAUUGACAAUUGACAAUAUAGGUCAUAUAUCAAAACACGCAUGUCUAGUCUUACAACGAUAUAAUGAGCAGAACGAGCUGCUACUGUCGACCUUUUCUCUUUGGGAAAGGUGUAACCAAAUAAUAAAA